CUUUCCAUUCCUUUUACAAGCCAAAGCGGAUAAACAAAAGUAGAGCGAAUCUGCAAAUGGCGCUUCAGGCACCCACGCUACCAUCAAAACCAGCUAAUUCUCCACUUGCUGCUACACCCAAUGCCGGCCUCCGGGCACCCUCUGAUCGUUUUGCUUUGAAAUCGUCUUUCUUUUCUCCAUCGCUCCAGCUCUUGCUUCCUUCUCGUCUUACCACUAGUACUGCUUCAACUGCACCAAAGUUUUCCAUGCGUGUGGCCUCCAAGCAAGCCUAUAUUUGCCGUGAUUGCGGGUAUAUAUAUAAUGAGAGGACUCCCUUUGAGAAAGUUCCCGAUAGUUAUUUUUGUCCUGUUUGUGGUGCUCCAAAGAGGAGAUUCAAGCCAUAUCAGCCAGCUGUGGCGAAAAAUGCUAAUGAUAAAGAUGUUAGAAGGGCUCGAAAAGAAGAAAUUAAAAGAGAUGAAGCUGUUGGGAAGGCAUUGCCUAUUGCAAUCGUGGUUGGAGUUGCAGCACUUGCUGCUCUAUACUUUUAUCUCAACAAUACCAUUGUCGGCUGAAUGACAUGGGAGUAGAAUUCUGUCAAUUUUCAGGAAUUUGCAGGAACAACUUUUGUUAUAUUUCUGUAGCAUUUCAAUUCAAUUCAAUCCACUUUUGUUAAUUACACUUUCUUGGAUCUCAUGAGAUGAAACGUGAAACUGCAAUGUUGACAUUAUUUUGAAAGAAAACAUAUAGUUUGUAUAAAAGCACAGCAAUGGAUGCUAUUCAAAGUAAUCUGAACUGUUGUUUAUG